AUGGAUCUUGAGACAAAGCUCAGAGAAAACUAUGUCUCACAACCUUUUGGGGUUCCCUCAUCUCAGGGGAUAUUCCUGCAUGAUUUUCACCAGAUUGAUCAUCAAUUUCAACAUGGGAAUAAUGGUUCCUCAUCCAAUCCCAUUCAAACACCAAAUUUUGACCCUUGUGGUAAUUUUAACUAUCAAUGUUCACCAGUAGGUUUUGAUAAUGCUUAUCAUGAGUUGAAGCCUUUUGUGGAUCAGAAUAGUGGCAGUGGUCAUGCUCAUGUUAUGGACAAUUUCCUAUAUGGAGGUUUUGGCUUCAAUCUCCCUCAGAGGAAUCAACUGGAUAUGAUGGUAGCAAACCAAAGUUAUUUUCAACUUAAUCCUCAAGAAAUAAUCAAGCCUGUGAAUUUUGUUGUACCAGAUGAAGUCUCAGGCAUAUCAUCAGUGAAUUAUAGCAAAAGAGAUGUCAUGAACAAAAACAAUAGGGCAUAUCCAAUAACUAGAAGGUCAUACAAAGUUCGCAAGAAGUCCAACAUAGUAAAGGGGCAAUGGACAGCAGAAGAAGAUGGGUUGUUGAUUCAGCUGGUUGAACAAUAUGGAUUGAGGAAGUGGUCCCAUAUUGCUCAGAUAUUGCCUGGAAGAAUAGGAAAACAGUGCAGAGAGAGAUGGCAUAACCAUCUAAGGCCUGAUAUCAAGAAGGACACAUGGAGUGAUGAAGAGGACAAGAUACUGAUCCAAGCUCAUUCAGAGAUAGGAAACAAAUGGGCAGAGAUUGCAAAAAGAUUGCCAGGAAGAACAGAAAACUCAAUAAAAAACCACUGGAAUGCAACCAAGAGAAGGCAAUAUUCCAAAAGAAAGUGUCGUUCAAAGUACCCCAGAGGCACUCUUCUUCAAGAAUACAUCAAGAGCCUGAACCUUGACAAAAAUCCACCAAUAGAUUAUAGAAGAAGAUCUUCAGCAAAUGCUAUUGCCAUGAAAAACAAAAUUGGUAGUAAUAGCAAAGUAGCAUCAGCACCACAACAAGCUCGGCCUCAGGAAACAGAUCAAUUUUGUUUGGCACCGAAUUGCGAUUUCAACGAGGUCCCGGAUUUUUGUUUUGAUGAAAAUUUGUUUGAAGAAGGGUGCAGCAUUGAUUCUCUGCUCAUGGAUGAGAAAGAAUUUGAAGGAAAAAUGCAAUGUGUUCCUACUAUGGAAGGAAAAGAUUGUGAUCAGGGAGGAACCAGUGUUGUUAAUCUUAUUGAGACAGAGAUGCCAAUGGAUAUUAUGGAAUCCAUGCUUGGGGUUGAAGUUAAGAAAGAGAUGGAUUUAGUGGAGAUGAUGUCUCAAGUUAAUGGCACAGUUCAAUAG